ACACCAGAUCCGUCUAUCCAUUACAUAACAAGCUAUACCAAAAUGGGCAAGGCUGCUAGAAAGAACUUUUCCACAACCCCCUCCACCAACCAAGUGGCUGCCGAGAAGCACUUGACCUCUGUGUUUAAGUUCAACACAGACCUUGGGCAGCAUAUCUUGAAGAACCCGUUGAUCGCACAGGGUAUUGUUGACAAGGCUAACAUCAAGCCAUCUGAUAUUGUGCUAGAAGUUGGUCCGGGUACCGGUAACUUGACGGUGCGUAUUUUGGAGCAGGCACGUAAGGUUGUUGCGUCGGAAAUGGAUCCCAGAAUGGCUGCAGAGUUGACCAAGAGAGUCAGAGGAACCCCACAGGAAAAGAAGUUGGAGAUUAUUUUGGGUGAUUUCAUGAAGGCAGAAUUGCCGUAUUUUGACAUCUGCAUUUCCAACACCCCGUACCAGAUUUCCUCCCCAUUGGUGUUCAAAUUGAUCAACCAGCCUAGACCCCCAAGAGUGUCGAUUCUCAUGUUCCAACGAGAGUUUGCCUUGAGAUUGGUCGCUAGACCGGGUGACGAGUUGUACUGCCGUCUCUCCGCCAACGUGCAGAUGUGGGCCAAUGUCACUCACAUCAUGAAAGUUGGGAAGAACAACUUCAGACCCCCUCCGAAGGUUGAAUCCUCCGUUGUCAAGAUUGAAAUCAAGAACCCUAGACCAAACAUUGAUUUCAAUGAGUGGGAUGGCUUGUUGCGCAUCUUGUUUGUUCGUAAGAACAGAACCGUUGCCGCGGGCUUCAAGUCUUCCAAGAUCUUGGAAAUCUUGGAAAACAACUACAAGGCGUAUUUGGCCGCCCAGGAAGACGCCAUGAUGACUGAAGACAAUGCCGCAUUGUCCAAGAUUGUCAAAGACAAGAUUGACAGAGUGUUGACCGACACCGGUUUUGCGGAGAAAAGAUCUGCCAAGUUGGACCAGACCGACUAUAUGAAGUUGUUGUAUGCGUUCCACCAGGUUGGUAUCCACUUCGCUUAGUUUUUUGUUAUUUUUUCUGGUGUAUGGGUUUCUUCUUCUUGUAUGUGUCUAGUGACACUCUAAUCUGCAUUUUUCAACUAAGGACUAAGCGUAGUUGUCGAGCCCAGCUAAUACGAUUCUUAUUCGAGGGUUUAGUAUCCAUAUGCACUGAUAUAGC